UCAAACUGCUUUUAGCUGUGGACGUGUGAUCACGGAGACUGCUGCACUAUUAGAGGGGAAAAUGGAGGCACUAGGGGACCGUCUGAAGGUGAUGGUUAAAGUCUUCAGGAGAGAGUGUCACAGGGUUUUACACUCAGAGAGGACCACCAUUCAUGGAGCUGAUGGCAUGCUGAUGUUGUUGCAGCUGGCCAUGGCAGACAUUAAUAAGCAGCGUGGCGGAGAGUUCAAAGUGGCUCUGAGUGAUGUCCUGAUGGCCUGGAAACACUUACUGUUAGACAAACUUCACCUGCCACCCCCCAACUUUGCACGCUUGGAGAACUAUGAUCUCAUCCUGGAGGCAUACGAAUCCUUCCUGAAACGCUCCAACACUGUGGACCUGGUUGAUAUCCUCUCCAUGUACAAACAGCUGAGAGUAGAGGAGACGGACCCUGGGGAGCCUGUGAGCCCGGUCGAGUUGUUUGAGUUCUUAUCAGGAAACACGGAGGUCUCAGAGUUGCCAGACUCUUCAGUCCCGUCAACACCGUCCAGUAAAAGCAGGCCCUGCAGCUCCCAGGUGAAAACGGCAGUGAGACGGGUUUUCUGCUCCUAUCUGAAUUUACUUGUGAACAUCAAGAACGACCUGGCCUUGGCGCUAACCCUUGACGUCCCUAGUCGCACUCUUGGACGUCAGGCAUUCACUGACAUAAAGCAUGCUGCACAGAACAACAACACUUCCCUCUUCUUGGCUGUGACAUCUUUUGUGAGGGCCAUCCAGCUCGGAGGGAAGGGCUACGCUCCAGCUGAGUCUGACCCACUGAGGAAACACGUCAAAGGCCUGUCUGACUUUGUCCAGUUUCUAGACAACCUGGAAGAAAUACUAGGGGAGAUUCCUGACCCAAGGUACACAAUGCAGCUUAAUCCAGGCUUCCACUCGCUCCCUGUCUUACUGUUGCCUCUGAGGUAAUACUUCCUUUCUUGUGACUGAGACGGCUGUAAAUGUUGGAGGUGGGGACGUGCUCCAUUCAAGGACUGAACUGUGAUUCGUGCUCUAUUCUCAAUCUGUUUGUUUGUGGCGCUGGUCUUUCAGUACUUUGAAAGACUUCGUCAUUAUUGUGUCUGAAAUCCUGACAACAGAUAUUUCGAUGUGCCACAGCACGGGGGAAUUUCUAGGAACUCAUCAGGAAUUGCGCCGCUCUGGUGAACCGAUCUUCGUGCUAAAGCAAGAGACCAUCAAGCCACUAAGAGUCACUGCAAUCUUCCUGUCUGUGGUCCGGUCAGAGACACUGGAAUUUCAAAAGGCAUCCACAAGUAACCAAACAAAUUAGGGUCUUAUUUUCAAAUUAUAUGAUCAAAUAUUUUAAAAAUAAAAAGGAAUUUGAGGUCCAAAACUUGACAGAGUAAACUAACAAACAGCAAAAGGAGUAGUUCAACAGUUCUGGAGGAGAGUUAAAGUAAAAUGUCAACACUACUUUCACAUCUGUCAGGUAAAGGUGAAGUUGCAGCCAGCAGCUUGUUAGAUUAGCUUAGCACAAAGACUGGAAACAGAAGUCAAUGGAGCAUUUGUUUGGGACUAUUUUCAGCCGUGGAUUAACACGCAUUUGUUGCACUUCUGAAUAUUUACAGCAGCAGGACUGUGUAUGUGGCAAUAAGUCAAAAUAAACAAUGUUAGUGCUCAUGGUAAUGCUGGAACA